AUGGGAAAUUCAACACCUACAGAACCAGCCCCCGCCUACGAAGACUUAUUCCACGAGCGCGGUUCCAGCUCACGAAAUGGCUAUGCCAUGGUCAAUCAAACAGACAACAUCCAUGAGCAGCGAGACGUGGAGCAGGGUCACCACGUUCACGGCGUCCCCGACGUGACGGCUGAUACAUCAGAGCCGGAUCAACACACUCACUGUGCAGAAUGUGAUCGGCUACGGGAGCGCAGGGAAAGUCGCGAGAAUGGACAGAGAGCUUGUGCUAUGGUUGCGAAGACUUUCAUCUUUAUCUCUUUGUUUUUGAUGAUAUUGGGGAUUGUGGGUGUUCAGGCUUGGAAGGAGGUUCGUAUGAAGAAGUUACAUGGUUAG